UGACCUGCCUAGCUCGGACUCCGCCCUUCCGCCCUACACAAGGCCCAUCGCCCCCCGAUUGCCCGCCCUUCACCGCCUCACUCGCCAGCGAAGGUCGCUUUGCCACUGGGUCGUCGCGAUAGUAGUCAGCAGCAACCAUGCCGCCCAAAGUGAAGCGUAUUAUGACACAGCCCAUCAACCUGAUCUUCAGGUUUUUGCAGAGCCGACAGAAAAUUCAGAUAUGGCUCUACGAGCACAACGAUCUGCGGAUCGAGGGGCGCAUCAUCGGCUUUGAUGAGUACAUGAAUCUAGUGCUGGAUGAGGCGGAAGAGGUGUCAGUGAAGCGCAAGACACGCAAGGCGCUGGGGCGCAUCCUCCUCAAGGGGGACACCAUCACGCUGAUGCAGGCAGCCAAGUAGGUGGCCCUGUCGGUACAGCGUGUACACACGCACUAGGCAAGCCGCAGGCGCCCCCGGGCCCCUGCUCCCUCUGGUCCUGCACCCUCGCGAGGCGCUGCCAGCCUGCUGCCCACGUCCAUGUUGUCGCCGACCCGGAAGCCAGGGCCAUGCGGCACAGGCGCUUGCCUUGCGUGUCCAGAGGGCACCCUCUUGCUGCACUCCCCCACCCCCACCUUGCUUUUCGCUCUGCCCUCCUCCUGCCCAGCCUCCGCCACGUUUCCGAUGCUUACCUCCCUAUUCCUUCCAGCACAGCAUCGCCUGCUCUGCUGUGGGGCGCACCCAGGCCCCACCCUCCCUGGCCUCCCACGCCAGUGACGGCCACUCCACCAGUUUUUGGUGUAACCACGCUGUUGCA